AGUGUAAGAAAAGAUGGGUGUAGAUUACUAUAGUAUAUUGAAGGUAGAAAGAAAUGCAACGGAAGAUGAUUUAAAGAAAGCAUACAGGAAAUUGGCAAUGAAAUGGCAUCCUGACAAGAACCCUAACAAUAAGAAAGAAGCUGAAGCCAAUUUCAAGCAAAUCUCUGAGGCUUAUGAGGUAUUGAGUGAUCCUCAAAAGAGGGUGAUUUAUGAUCAGCAAGGAGAGGAGGGUUUGAAACACAUGCCACCACCUGGGAAUGAACCAACAAAUGGAUUUAACCCAAGAAAUGCAGAGGAUAUCUUUGCAGAGUUCUUUGGAGACAACCCUUUUGGAUUUGGAUCAUCUGGACCUCAUGGAAGGUCCAGGUUCCAAACCGACGGAGGCGGAUCAUUCAGCGGAUUCCAUGCGCCGCUGAAGAAGCCGCCUCCUGUUGAGAGCAAGUUGGCAUGUAGUUUGGAAGAGUUGUACACUGGUUCCACAAGAAAAAUGAAGAUCUCAAGGAUUGUUAUGGAUGCUAAUGGGAGGCCAAACCCAGAAACAGAGAUAUUAACAAUUGACAUAAAGCCAGGUUGGAAAAAAGGAACAAAGAUCACAUUCCCAGACAAAGGUAACCAGCAUCCAAACCAGCUUCCAGCAGACCUUGUUUUUAUGGUUGAUGAGAAGCCACAUAAUUUAUUCAAGAGAGAUGGCAAUGACCUUAUUAUCACAAAAAAUGUGUCGCUGGCCGAGGCCAUCGGCGGCACUUCAGUGAACAUUACAACACUCGACCGGCGCGAAUUGUGCAUACCGGUGACUCAUAUCAUUAGCCCGGGUUACGAGUUGACUGUCCCAAAAGAAGGGAUGCCUAUAACAAAGGAGCCAGGACAUAGGGGUGACUUGAGGAUCAAGUUUGAGGUUAAGUUUCCCACAAAGUUGACACAAGAGCAAAGGGCAGGGCUCAGGAGAGCAUUGGGUGGUUGAAAUUGGAAUCAUUUGAGAAUUUGUAUUCUCUUCACACUCCUUUUGUUUCAAAUUUUGUGUCCAGAUACACUUGGUAUUCAUAUACAUCCAUUUUUCAAAGGAAAUGUGAUUGGUGAAUGUACAUAGAUCUUUUACCCUUUUGAAAAAUGGUUCAAGUUAAACCACUCAUUUCCUAUGCUCCUAUAUUGU